AUGGCCGCAGAAACUGCAGAGGCCGUAAAGUAUGGCACAGAGUUCAGAAACGACAUCCCUACCGGCCUCGACGUGGUGGAGAAGCACAGCGGGGCCGUCGAAGGCAUCAACAUCGUGCUUACGGGCACAUCUGAAGGCUCGAUAGGAGCUGAGGCCGCGAAAGCACUCGCGGCGAAAGGGAAGCCUGCGAAGAUGUUUCUCCUGGCACGGACGGAAUCCAAAGUUGCACCAGUACUCAAGGCGAUCAAGGAUGCGAACUCCUCAGUCGAAGCAGUCUUCGUUCAGCUGGAUCUAAUGGAUCUCGACAGCGUGCGCAAGGCAGCGAACGCCGUUCUUGCCCAGACCAGUCAAAUUCAUAUCUUGAUGAACUUCGCCGGCAUCUUCAUCAGGCCGGAGUACGUGCAAUCAAAACACGACGUCGAGCAGCACUUCGCCACCAACCACCUCGGCCACUUCCUCCUCACAAACCUCCUAAUGCCAGCCAUGAUCGCCACCUGGCCACACGCCCGCAUCGUCCAGCUCUCCAGCGGCGGCCACAUCAUCUGUCCACUCCGGCUCGAAAAGAUGAACUUCGACAACGGGGAGACCUACCACCCCUGGGAGGCCUACAGCCACGCCGACUCGGCCUGCAUCCUCUUCGCGCGGGAGCUGGCAAGACGCCUGAAAGCUAAAGGCUUCAAAACCGCUGCCUUCUCCGCGAAUCCAGGGUUCGUCCCGGAUUCGAAUCUGAAUAAUCAUCUACCGCCGGAUCAUAUGAAGGGGGCUUUUGAGAAGUAUCUGGAGUUUCAUGAGAGUGUUCCGGGGGAUGUGGAUGAGGGGGUUCUUUCGCUGGAGCAGGGGCCUGCUACGCCGUUGAUUGCGGCUUUGGAUUCGGUGUUGGCGGGGUGGGAGGGAGCCUAUGUUAGUGAUGGUGUGGCGGUGGCUGAUAAGGAUAUGAGGGAGAAGUGGGUUGUGGAUGAUGAGUUGGCGAAAAGGUUGUGGGAGUUGGAUGAGGAGUUGGUGGGUGAGAAGUUCUUGUGA